AUGAUGUCUCAACUGGCUUUAGUACACUCACAAAAUGCAAAUCGGUUUCAGUACAACGCGCUGAACGGAUCUCAUUGGCUUUUGCGUGCCGAAUUGUACUCAUUGCGUCGACAGGGCGCUUUAAAAAUUGGCAGUGCUGCCAAUAGUAGCAGUGGUGGCACAUUAGAUGUUAUACAAAAUCCACAACAACAAUUGCAACAACAACAACAGCAACAACAACAGCUCGAACAAAAUAACCACAAUCGACAACAGCAACAAUUAUCACAACAACAACUUCAACAACAGCUUCCACUGUUACACGAAUCCAACCGGCACUGUGCACGCUGUAACACAGAAUUGGGCCGCAUAACAAAUCGGGGCGCGCCGUGUCGGGUCUGUAAAUUACGUGUAUGUAAAGCUUGCCGCGAGUUUACCACACGCACCACGGAUUGGGUUUGUGUGGUGUGCCACAAGCAAAUGGAAAUACAAGCCGCAAGUGGUGAUUGGUUGAAGGACUAUACCCGUGGCUCUUGUGGAGCUGUUGAUCAUUUGCCUACCAGUGAUGUGCUAAGGAAAAGUAUACGACGUUCUUGGACAAUAUCAAAUCCCGAGGACGAUCCGAAUAAUCCUAAUCAACAAGCUCAAGUUGGCAAUAAAUUAUUUCCUCAACAGCAAAAUUUAAAUGAAACUCAAACCGCUGGCAGUUACCCGUCACUAAUACGCCAUCAACUACCACGAAAUCCCAUGAACUAUAAUCCCGGUAGCGGUAUUAUUGGCGUACAAUCAACAGACUAUCAUAUAAAUCCACAAAGACGUGUGUUACGUCAAUCUACUUUACCUAGUUCUUUACCAAAUAAUGAUGCAAAUAAAAGUGGUAGCGGUGUAAACUUAGCAAAUUAUAAUAGUGUCAAUCUAACCGCGCCCACAUCACCGCAUCAAUUGCAGAAGAGUCCUUUGUAUCCGAGCGCGUACAAUAGUGAUGAUAUUAUACAUAUGAGCACUACAGAUUGUGAUAAUUAUACGCAACAAAUGCCUAUUAAUAUACAACAGCAACAGCAACAAAGUGUGAUAAAUAAUCAAACUCAUCAUCGUUUACAGGUCCGUAGACAAUCAACCUUACCAGCGAAUCCAUGUCAAGCUCCUAUGUAUAUGUCCACAUCUCCAAAUCGCGGUUACAGCCGUUCACCAGAGCGUUCACCGGGUGAGCAACGUUAUCCACCAUUUAUACGACAGACAUCAUUUCCAUGCAAUAUGACAGAGCAACCACAUCUGGGUACAACAGCACCAACUUCUUAUGGUACACCACCGCACCGAACUAAAAUUUUACCAUCUUCACCAAACUAUCCAGGCAGUGCACAAUAUCAGCAACAGCAACAACAACAGCAACAGCAAGCAGCACAACAACAAUUGUAUGACACACAGGCACCCGUAGAGGAUAUGGAUUACGUGCAACAAAUACCAAAGCCACGUAUGUUGCGACAAGCCACCCUACCCAAUCCAGAUCAACAUGUAAAAUUAUUACCAACCUCACCACCUAAACGCCAAACAUCUCCACAAUAUCGCCGUUCACCUGAGUUCAUGCGUCAACAAACUUUACCCAAUCCUGAAGCAUUUAGUGGUAAUUCACUGACCGUACAUCCAGCUGGCGUUACAAAUGCCAACUCACCAGCUAAGUUUAUGCCCAUUUCCCCUCGCCAAAAACAGAACUUCCUCUUCCCAAAUGUACAAAAUCCACGUCAAUUUUUAUCCCAACAAAAUGUGCCAACUGUUGGCAUUGCAGAUACCAGCAGUGGCAGUGGAAGUGGAGAACAAUAUGCAAGCAGUCAGAGCGUAAAUAUCCAUCGUGAUCAUGCCAAAAUGAUAAAAGUGCGCAGUCACAGUAAUGAAGAAUAUUCAAUCACUAAACCAUAUCAUCAUUCCGAAAAUAGGCGCAUCUUACCGGAGAUUCCCAUUAAUCGAAGUGUUAGUCGCUCUCCAAGUCGUCUUGUGCGGCAGGAUUGUGUGAAGGAUGAACAUAUGCGCACCUUUGGUGAAGCGAAACAACAAUUCAAUCAAUUUCAAGAUGUUACAGAAGAAGAUGAUAAUCGACCGGAAUAUGCUGAUUAUUUUGUUGACAGCUCCAAUAGUUUUUUGGAAGCAGACGAAGUGCAAUAUGAAAAAACAUAUAACACUGGCUUUAGCAGUGAGCCACGUAUUAUAUAUAAUGAUGGUUCAGAUGAUGGCAGCUAUAAUCAGUAUCAGCGACCAAUUGUACAUAGUUCAGAAAAUGUACUAACAGCACGUGGUUAUGGAUAUGGAUAUGGAACAGAUAGUGAUAGUUUAGCUGGGCACUCAUUGGGUGGUGGUAGUUUAAGUGCAAGUGGUGGUGCCUUACCGCGUACUCCACCACAGCUUCAAAACCGCUUAAGACGGCGACAGUCACGUGAAAUGCAAAUGCAGCAAGAUGAACUUAAUCAGUUGAAUAUGCAAGCAAACAAUGCUGGAGGAGGAGUUGUGCAACCAUUAGUUGGGCCUAAUGUCAGUGUCACUAGUGCUCAGCAUGAAACACAUGAACGCCGUAAACCCGAACAAAUGCGUUCAGUAUCAGAAGAUUCUGGCGCAAAAAAUACCCCUAAACCGGUAACAAGACGAUCGUUGUCACACCCCGAAAAGGAGACUCAGGCUCCGAAAAAACCCGAACCAACGAAAAUACCAAGUCCAAAACCUUUAGCUGAUAUUUUGGAUAAAGUACGACAAAAUACGAAAAUACCAACGCCAAGACGCAGAAAUAGUAGAGGAAAUAUUGGAACCGAAGAAGAAGGCAAUAUAAAAGCAUAUUUAAAUGAACGAAGAAAUUCUGAUUUAUCCGCAAAGACAUUAAACAAAAAACAGGAACAAAAUUCCGUUGAACAAAAAGGACAACAUCCGGUCACAAGCAAAUCCCAAGAGCAAAAAACCGACAUAAAUGCAAAGUCAAGCAAUGUUACAAAAGAUCAAAUGCAAACUGAAAAGAAAACUGACAACGACGAUGAAACCAAUAAAGCCGCCACAACAACGGAUCCAGCGACAAAGCAACACACCACAACCUUGGGAGAGCAGGAGAUACAAAAUGCAGUGGAAGCCGCUGCUGUUAUUUUCAAAAAAGUUGUGCUACAACGUCGUCAAGAGAAAAAGGCUGCCGAAGAGGAUACUUUCGAUGUGGAAACUUCCUCUGAAUUAGAGUUUAAAUCAAUAACAUUUAAUCAACAAUACAAUAUGGAUGCCGAUGAAUUUAAGCUGGUAUUUAUAAAUUCAGAUUCUGCUUCAUCAAAGGAUGACGAAUGUGAAGAUAGCAGCUCAACUACAUCCUCCACCAACAAUUGCAAUAGUAUAACAAUCGAUGAUUGUGAUUGGGAUUAUUUUGAGCCAACAAUGCUUGGCAGUAAUGGUGCCAUUUCAAAACAAAUACUUUAUUCGCCAUAUCAAUCGCCAUUAUUUGGACGUCGUAGACCAUGUGAUCUCAAGUCCAGCGAUAGUACAAUUUCUCCCACGGAAUCACCAAUAUUUUAUCGUAAACAAUUGCUUUUUUAUCCAAAAAUACGUGAAAGUGAUACCGGCACCGAUGAGGAAAUACUUAUGCAAGGUGAAAGCUCCUCACAAACCAGCUCCGAUAGUUACUUAACAAAGUCGUUAGGACGACAACAGCAUUUAAGUAUGAAAACACGCAUUAAAACGCGUUUUCUAAGCAAAGAACACAAAAAUCAACGCCAAAACUCUAUGAAAAUUCAGGCAAACUGCUUUGCCAAUAACGGCAACACAACAAAUACUUGCACUUGCGGCUCCAGUAAGGCGGUGAGCACCGAAAAUGUUGCUGCCACAAUAACACAACCACAAUAUGUGCCAAUUCCCGUACCAGUGCCGAUUCCGGUACCAAUGGCUGCAUUUCAAAAUUGGCAUCCAAAUGAUCUACUCACAGAUGCCGCUGCACACGCAACAAAAACAAAUUAUAAAAACGAAAAUCUAUGUGCGUCCAUACAAAAACUUUGGUGCACAGCUGGUCCCAAUUUGACACAACAAACAGCAACGACAAAUUUACAAGCCGCUGCUGCUGCAGCAGUGGCAGCAUAUUCCAAUGCUGCUACAAUCGAUGCAUUGUCCAACAACUAUAACACAUUGGCUACUGAAUGUAUGCCAAUAACAACACCAACAACAACAACGAAUUUACUCUCACGUCUUACCAACGCCGGUUUUAAUGCGUCAACACCAGAGCUCAAUACAUCAACCUACUCACAUUGUUCGAAUUCAUCAGGUUAUGGCACAACAACCGGCGGCAGUUUGGAGACGUUGACCGGUAGUCUUACUAACCUAACAAAAUUGGCAGCGACAGCAACAACAACAAAAGCUCACUACCAACUAAACCAACAAAAACGACAACAAAAACACGAUGAAAUGAUAAAAACAAACUUCAUAGCAAAUACAACAAAUGCAACAACAAAUACAACAACAAAUAACAAACCAGAAACAAAAAGCGAAUUAAAAAAGCCAGGGGCAUAUAUAAACACAACACCAGCUGUUACAAAAACAAAUGUUUCCAAUCUAGACAACAACAACAGUAACAACAACAGCAAUAACAUUGUACAAACACAACCAAUAACUAAAGACAAUUCCACUGCGUCAACGUUAACGCCACCGCCACCGUCACCGUCAACGUUAGCAGUGGCGUUGAAGUGUAUAUCGCCGUUAAUGGAAACAGAAACAUUAACUUAUAACGAUAACGUUGACGCUUUUAGCCACCACCGAAACUCAAACCAACAGCAAGACAAUAUGUUAGUACCUAUAAAACCGUCGUCGGGUUUAAGUCGUGGAUUUGGGCCAACGGAUAUUUGUGCUUUGGAUUUGUCGGUAGGCAGCACAGCAAGUACAAUUUUAAAAGACAACAACAUAACGCCCACCAAACAACAAGUUUUAACGUCACUUUCAGUAAAGCAAAAUAAUAAAAAACUUUUUAAUUUUAAUGCCAGCAACAUUGAACAACAGCAAAAAUAUGAUAACGACGCUUUUGAUAUCGGAACAAAUACUGAUAAGCUAAAAUAUAUUGAAAUAAAUGAUGUAGUCGAAGAAAAUGAAGAGCAAAAAAAAUUAAUA